CCCUCUGCAGCAGGACUGUCACCGAGGAGGGAGGCACUGCGCAUGCGUGAGGCAACUUAAUAUGACUACUGCUUCACGUCUCAAGACAUCUCACUUCCAGUAACCAUCAUGGGCAGUUGAGAAAAACAGGCCAGUUAUCUGCUGUUUGGAGGACAGAAGGUUAGCAAUACUCAGAGCGUCCAUCCUCUCUUCACAUUCAGGCCGUCCAGCAAGUUUCCAGCACCAUGGCUGAGGAAGAAUAUGGCAACUUUGUGGACUGGAACCAGAUGGGAGAUCUGGCCAAGAGCAGCGGGCCCACCAAGGUGGACUGUAAAGACCUGAAGGAGUUCAAACAGAUGGCUCGGCAGGGUUACUGGGCCAAAAACCACAAACUACGGGCACAAGUCUACGAGCAGCUCAUCAAAACUAUCCCCUGUCGUACAGUUACCCCAGAUGCAGAAGUAUAUCGAGACAUUAUGGGAAAUGCAGGCACUAAGAAGCCCUCCUGCAACAUCCCACUUCCAGAGUUUGUGGAUGGAAAUGCUCUGCCUCUGUACUGCCUGAAAGCGGAGGCAGUAACCUCAGCACAUCAGAUUAUAAACUGCGUGGCUGGACAGUUUCCAGAUAUCUCCCACUGCCCGUCUCUACCUGCUAUCACUUCCAUGCUCCUGCACUUCAGCAAAGAUGAAGCUCAGUGUUUUGAGCUCGUCAGCCGCAUAUUAGCCUGCAACGAGCCCGGCAAACGACUGCUUGAUCAGACUUUCCUGGCCUUUGAGUCCAGCUGCAUGACUUUUGGUGACCUGGCCAUCAAGUACUGCCCUGCCGGCCACAAACUGAUCGUGGCCACAGCCCAGGACGCACUGGAAGUCUACACAGACUGGCAGCGCUGGGUACUGUUUGACCUGCCUUUCAGCCACAUGGUCAGGGUCCUGGACGUCUACCUAGUGGAGGGCUACAAGGUUCUCUUCCGUAUGGCUAUAGCACUGCUCAAGUUCUACCGCAAACAUAAAGCAGGGGCCCAGGGAGGAGAGGGCAGCCAGCCGCAGGAUUCAGGGAAAGUCAGGGCGGACAUUCAAGCUUUCAUCAAGGGCAUCGCCUCAACCGUCACCCCCGAAAAGUUGCUAGAGAAGGCCUUCUCCAUCCGCAUGUUUAGCCGUAAGGAGAUCACCCUGCUGCAGCUCACCAACGAGAAGUCCCUGCAGCAGAAAGGAAUCACUGUCAAACAGAAGCGGCGGAACGUGCAGCUGGCUCUGAACCCCGACACCUUCUCCUCGGAGAUCGUCAGCGCCAAGGAGAUGCGGGACAUCUGGUCGUGGAUCCCGGAGCGCUUUGCCCUGUGCCAACCACAGCUGCUCUUCACCACCUCUAGCCACGGGUGCAGCCUGAACAGGUUCUACCAGCAUUGUGAAGGCUACGAACCCACUCUGCUUCUCAUCCGGACCACAGAUGGUGAUGUAUGUGGAGCCUUCCUGUCCACAGACUGGCAGGAGCGGAAGAGAGGAGGCAACAAAUUGAGCUUCUUUGGGACAGGGGAGUGCUUUGUCUUCAGGUAUUUAGGUUAUCUGAAGAAGCUUUUCGAGUGA